CUUGUGGACAGUGCAGAAGGCCGCGCCUAACUUCUUCAGAUUGCGCUUCUUCCUUCUAUGUUAUAAUCUCCAACCACGAGAGACGAAGACGAAGAAUCGAGAUGCUGUUGAGCUGUAGGCCAAUCAAGUAAAGGUAAUGGAGAGAGAGGAGGAAGGAGGAAGGGAAAUGAGAGGAAGGAUUGACUGUUGGAGUUUGCUAGUUCACAUCAACUGAAGCUUCAGAAAAUUUUUUUCCAGAUAUGGCUUCUAAUAACAAAGGAAUUUCUGUUGUGCUUAUGGGCGUUAGUGGCUCUGGGAAAUCAACAAUAGGUGAGUUGCUAGCCAGAGCCACUAAUUCUAGUUUUCUCGAUGCUGAUGACUUUCAUCCUAAAUCAAAUAAAGAGAAGAUGGGGAAGGGGAUUCCUUUGUUGGAUGAAGACCGGAUUCCUUGGCUUGAAACACUGCGGGAUGCAUUACGUGAGAAGUUACUCAGUGGGAAAGUUGUGAUUCUUGGAUGUUCUGCCCUCCAGAAGAAAUACCGAGAAAUUCUUCGAUCUGCUGACCCUAAUUAUGAACUUGGAAAGUAUACUAGCUUGGUCAAGUUUGUUUUGUUGGAUGUUCCAGCCAAGGUUCUUGCUGCUCGACUUGAAAAGAGAGCAGCUGAAGGGCUGCAUUUCAUGCCAGCUGCACUCUUGCAAUCUCAGAUAGACUUGCUUCAGCUUGAUGAUUCCGAAGGCAUACUUCGGGUUGAUGGUACCUUAAGUCCUCAAGAAAUUGUGAGCACCAUACAAGCUUCAGUUUUCUGAUGAAGAAACCCCUAGAAAAGGUGGUGUUCGGCGGCAAAUUCUUGAAGGCUGUUGCUGUGUUUGAUACAAAAACAAGUCCUAGAAAUAAUUCACUUAGACUCCUCUUGCCGCAUGGAGGCAGGACAAGAUUUGAUAUAUUGCAUUGUCACUUUGAGUAGUAAUGGGACUGAUGUUGUUAUAAAGCCAGUCGUUGAUCAACUUGUAUUUUCUUAGGAAGCCUUUGGGACUUCAGGAUUUGCAUUUAACUUUAUGCUGCUUGAGAAUAAAUUUAAUAUAAUUUUAUAAUACAAUUUGUCUAAA